AUGGAUCGUUGUUUUGAUCCCGAAAGGAAUGAAAGGAAAUGUAAGACAUUAACUAAAAGUGCUCAUUUUAGAUCCAGUUUAUUCUUAGUAAACAGGAAACUAUGUAUUGCAGAGGGUAUGAGUUCUAUUAGUGGCAGUUCUGGCAUACCCAAUGGGUCAAGUGCAGCCCCAAUUGAAGUUUAUGAUGACCAAGACAACAAGUGGUCUUAUGUUAAUCAAUGCCAUAUUCCUGAAAACAAUUUCGGUGCGGUGGAAAUAGAGGGAAGGGUGUAUUUCAUCAGCAAUAGUUUUCCAAUUGAUAUAUUGGGAUAA